CGUUAGUAUUUAAAGCAUCAUAAACUGGGGGCGUGGUUUGCUAAACUAGCAUAUUACAGUCGAAGCACGAUAGCUUGUGAAGGAACUACGGUGACCUGCUGUCAUGACCACUCUGGAUGACAAACUGCUGGGCGAGAAGCUGCAGUACUACUACAGCAGCAGCGAGGAUGAAGGCAGUGACAACGAAGAUGAAGAUGGGGAGAGGAAGACCAUCCGUGAUGCUGGUGUCAGUGAGGCUGAGGUAGACUACAAUCCCGAUGGAAGUUCUGUCAACACAGGACCAAAGGGUGUGAUCAAUGACUGGAGGAAGUACAAGCAGCUGGAGGUGGAGCAGAGACAAGAGCAGAAAAAUGAGAUGGAAAGACUGAUCAAGAAGCUGUCGAUGACCUGCCGCUCUGAUCUCGAUCUACAAAAGGACAGCGAGAAACAGAAAGAGCUGCAGGAGAAGAUUAAAGGCAAAAUGACCAUGCAGGAGUACAACAUGCUCCAGGAAGAAAAGGAUGACGAAGACUUCCUUCAGCAUUACCGGAUGCAGCGCAUCGAGGAGAUGCGGCGCCAGCUCUGCAGCGGGAAGCGCUUCAAGCAGGUCUACGAGCUGAGCAGCGGCGAGGAGUUCCUGGAGGCGUUAGACAAGGAGGACAAAAGCACGCUGAUCGUGAUCCACAUCUACGAGCCGGACGUCCCGGGCUGCGAGUCCAUGGGCGGCUGCCUGGCGUGCCUGGCGCAGGAGUACCCCCUGGUGAAGUUCUGCAGCGUGCGCAGCUCGGCCAUCAGCACCAGCGAGCUGUUCAGAGAGAGCGCUCUGCCGGCCCUGCUCGUCUACAAGGGAGGGGAGCUGAUCGGGAACUUUGUGAGGCUCACGGACCAGCUCGGGGAAGACUUCUUCGCUGUGGACGUGGAGGCGCUGCUGCAGGAGUGCGGCCUGCUGCCCGAAAAGCCCCCCAUCGUCCCGAAGACAGUUCGCAAUGGAGCCAUCAUUCAGAGCACUGCGAGCGAUGAGGACUCUGACCUGGAUAUAGACUAGAGCUCUGAUACCUGACAUGCACUGUUUGUUUGGAAAACAUACAGUUUCUAUAUAGGCUGUACAUUGUAUUUAUUUGAGUGACUACCCCCACCCCUCCCCUCAGAUGACAGACUGACCUUGGAUGCUAGCUACAAGCUAGCAUACAAACAGCAACACACUCGUUAUUGAAGCAGAACCAAAAGUAAAUGCACAAAUAACACAAAUGUGUUACUUUGCGUCAUUCCACUGUAAACAUAUGAGGUCCGUUUAAAAACAGUAAAUAUGAGUCGUUAUGAUCAUGUGAUACACAGCAAGGACACCAGGUGCAUUUUUUUUUUUGUUUCAGUUGUGACUCUCAGCUGUUUAUUUGUUGUUACAACACAUUCCUAAGUUUAGUUUCAAAUUUGUCUCUGCUUCAUUCUCAUCAUUUGAACUCAGACUGACCUUCAGUUAGUUUUGUAACUUUUUUAAGUGCUGUAACAUUUCCAGUAGUGGAGAAAAUAAACAUGUUUGGAUUUAC